UCGAAGGGCAGUAGAAUUUUGCCGUUAGCCGGCCUGAAGGAGAGUAGAGUUUAUGGAUCCCACGGUCGUCUGCGGAGUCGCUUGAUACUGAUGGACAUUGGAUGGGCCGGAGGCAGGGAUGGUCGGCUAUGACCCGAAGGCGGAUGACAGGAAUAACUCCAAGUUCGAGGUGGCGGUGGCAGGGUCUGUGUCUGGACUUGUUACUCGGGUGCUGAUCAGUCCCUUAGAUGUCAUCAAGAUCCGUUUCCAGCUUCAGAUUGAGCGCCUGUCUCACAGUGACCCGAAAGCUAAGUACCAUGGGAUCCUGCAGGCCAGCAGGCAGAUUUUUCGGGAGGAGGGCCCAACAGCGUUCUGGAAAGGACACAUUCCAGCCCAGCUUCUCUCCGUAGGCUAUGGCGCUGUCCAAUUUUUGUCAUUUCAGCUGCUGACUGAGCUGGUCCACAGAGCCAAUGUGUAUGACACCCACGAAUUCUCAGCGCACUUUGUGUGUGGUGGGCUGGCUGCCUGCGCGGCCACCCUCACCGUACACCCUGUGGACGUUCUGCGCACCCGCUUUGCAGCUCAGGGUGAGCCCAGGGUCUAUAAGACCCUGCAAGAUGCCGUAGUGACCAUGUACAGGACCGAGGGCCCCCUGGUCUUCUACAAAGGCUUGGCCCCCACCUUGAUCGCCAUCUUCCCCUACGCUGGGCUGCAGUUCUCCUGCUACAAGUCCCUGAAGCACGCCUAUGACUGGGCCAUACCGGCCGAUGGAAAGCAAACUGAAAACCUGAAAAACCUGCUUUGUGGUUCUGGAGCCGGAAUCAUCAGCAAGACCCUUACAUAUCCCUUGGACCUCUUCAAGAAACGGCUUCAGGUUGGCGGGUUUGAGGACGCCAGAGCUGCCUUCGGCCAGGUGCGGAGCUACGGGGGCCUCCUGGAUUGCAUCAAGCAGGUGCUGCAAGAAGAAGGUGGCCGUGGCUUCUUCAAGGGUCUGUCCCCAAGCCUGCUAAAGGCUGCCGUCUCCACAGGCUUUGUGUUUUUCUGGUAUGAGCUCUUCUGUAACCUCUUCCACUGCAUGAAGAAGGCGGACAGCUAGCUUGGAGGGCGGGAAGGGCCUGAGCUCCUCACUGGAGUCCAGCUUUCACAAGAAGCAAGACUCGACUUGGAUCUCACAUUGUGCUGAGAGGUGCCGCCUCAUCCAAGCACCAGGCUAGGUGUCCUAGGCAUGAAGUACGACUGGGAGCGGGGCGGCAGUCUUGACCUGUCGGCUGGGACUGCACCAGAGGGCAAGGACUUUCUUCCUGAAAGAACAGCAAGCAGCAUCCAGGUCUCAGGCUGUGGGGCCAGUGGCAGUGGGAAGCAGCUUGCAGUCGUUUCUCCUCUGUCCAGCCCGACCCAGAAGGAUCAGCUGCCAUCUUUCCUUCACAGCCUGCCUGCUGGGAGACUCACCAUUCUGGAAGAGGCUGAGGCUCCAGUGCUGAGGGCUGGGCUUGGGCUCUUUGCAGGAGUCUGGUCCCCACACUUGGGCUCUUCCCCAUCCACUUAUUUAAUAGAUAUUAAAGAGAAAAGCACAUUGC